UGGGUCCCAAACCCAAGACAACCCAACCCGAUGAGAGCAGGCCCAACCAAACCAAAUUAAUUUCAAAAAUUGUUUUCCCGACAUCAAACAACUCGGUUCAUAGUUCGAUCGACAACCAUGCGCACUCACUCAGCUCUGGACCCAGAAAUUUGAACUUAUUUCUGAAGAUUUAGUUGGCAUAUGCUUAGCAGAGGAUAUAACUUGCUCAACAGAAUUUGAGAGGAUGAAGAGGCGUAAGAGUGUUUAUGCUGUGCUUAAUUGUGAUGACAUCCUGCAUGAGAUCCUGCUUCGACUGCCACCGUCAACUAUCUUCAAGUUAAUUGUUGUGUCGAAAAUAUGGCUGCGUGUGAUAUGCAGUUCUACAUUUCGUCGCUGUUACUUGAGUAAGUGGGGACAAGAUUUUCGACUUCUGGGUUUUUGUGUAUGCAACUUUUUAUAUCUUGGAAGACCGCGUGAUGGCUACCGCCGCCCUCGCUCGGAGCCUGCCCUUCCAUUCUUGUCCACUUGCAAAGAGGGUGAUGAUUUGCAGCUUUCAGGAGUCCUAAAAAAACUUGGGUACUUCAUUGAUUGUUCCAAUGGCAUUAUUCUUUCUGGUUUCCAUCCAAAGACAUUCUAUGUGUACAAUACCAUGACCAAGCAACGGCAUGAACUCCCAGAACCUCAGCAGUUCUAUAAAACUCUCUGCAUGGCGUUGAUUGUUGAGGAAUAUGUUGACGGUGACAUUUGCUACAAGGUGAUCCGCGCAAGAUGUGAACACAAACUUAAGGAACGCAACACUCUCUCAGUUGAGACUUUCUCAUCUAAAACUGGAAAAUGGAAGCAGUCCACUCUGCUGUGCUCUUCGUCUUUUGCGCUGCGCCCAAAGACAGUAGGUAUGGUGGUUGGGGGAGUUGUACACUGGUUUGCAAUGUGGGGAAAACUUGCCAUCUAUGAUCCCCGUCUUGGAGACAGGAAGGUUGCUUUAGUUAAACUACCGGCUGGUGCUUUAUCGCUCGAGCAUGAGGAGUCUGUUCUUGGGGAGUCGUCUGAUGGGCUCUUGCUGUAUGGUCAGAGCAACAACUUGGGUCUGGAGAUAUGGGUACUCGAGAAGGAAGCAGGAACCAACCCAUCCAUGUACAGCAACUGCACUCAUUUGAGCUACAAGUGGAUUCUAAGGUGGAGAUUGAGUUUUAAAGAAUUAUGGAAGCAGAUACCAACUUUAAGCAUGCAUUUUAAGGAGGGCCAGAUUUUAUCAUUUCUUCCUCAGAAUUCUACAUCUGUCUACAUCAGAAUGGGGUGGAACAUUUUACUGUGUGAUUUGAAGACCAAAACAGUGGAAAUAGUUAAUUAUCAGGGUCGUGGAACCGCCAUUUCAUGGGAAUCUAGCAAAGUUGUUCCUUUCUUUCUGCCUGCUUGGCCAUUCUCUUCAUCUAUGGCAUGACUGCAUGGAACAUAAUUUCUGUUAAGUGGAGGAAACCUUGUCUUUUUGAUACUAGAUGGUACUAGCGGUUUUUUUCCAUUUCGUUGUUAAUCUGGAUGCAAUGUAACUAAAGCACUUGAACUCUUCGGUUCUCUUUUUGUAGUAUAGUGGCCUAGAUAACUUUUUUUCCAUAGCUCCAGUGAUGUAUAUACUGAAAGCAUAUUAUUGCUCCUCUGAUCUUCGUUCUCCUUAGUCUACUUGCAUAGAA